ACAUCACGGUUUAUCGGCUGGUCGUAGAGUAGGAAAGGAAUAGAGGAAAAAAGGCAAAACGGUGAGAAACUGAGGCAAGAGGGAAAUAACAACAUAGAACACAGCCCUCAAAAUGGUUUCCGCAUCCAAAGAGAAGAGACUCGCCAAGAAGGCUGCCGACUCCACCAAGGACGGCAAGAGUGAGAAGAAGACGCUCGUCAGCAGAUCCAAGGCCGGCUCCAAAGCCGCCUCCAAGAACGCCAGCGCUGCCGGUUCCGUCGCCGGGGACGACACCCCUCCCGAUCUUGACGACGUCCCCGCCACCGACGACAGCAAGCUGGAGAAGGUCAAGGCUCUGUCUGACCAGAAGGACAAGCACGGCCUGUCCGACCGUAUCACCACCGGUGUCCUGUCCUCUGUUGUUACCAGCAGGGACGUCAAGAUCAUCAGCGCCAGCCUGACCUUCCACGGUCGCGUCCUCCUCAACGAAACCAAUCUCGAGCUGUCCUUUGGGCGUCGCUACGGCUUGCUGGGCGAGAACGGCUGCGGAAAGAGUACCCUGCUCAAGGCGAUCGCGGCCCGAGAGUAUCCCAUUCCCGACCACGUCGACAUCUACCUACUCAACGAGGGCGCCCCGCCUUCCGACCUGGGCGCGCUAGAAUGGGUUCUGAAAGAAGCCGAGAAGGAGAUGGAGCGUCUAGACAGGCUAGCAGAACAGCUUCUCGAGGACGAGGGCCCCGACAGCCCCGUGCUAAUGGACAUCUACGACCACAUGGACAAGAUGGACCCGUCGACCUUCUCCACCCGAGCCUCACUCAUUCUGACCGGUCUGGGCUUCAACAAGACGACCAUUCACAAGAAAACUAAGGACAUGUCUGGCGGAUGGCGUAUGCGUGUUGCCCUGGCCAAGUCCCUCUUCGUCAAGCCCACCCUACUGCUUCUCGACGAUCCAACCGCCCAUCUAGAUCUCGAGGCGUGCGUGUGGCUCGAGGAGUACCUGAAGAAGUGGGAGCGGACCCUGAUCCUCGUUUCCCACUCGCAGGAUUUCCUGAACGGCGUGUGCACCAACAUGAUCGACAUGCGGAAGCAGCAGCUCUUGUACUACGGUGGUAACUUCGACUCCUAUGUCAAGACCCGCAAGGAGCAGGAGACCAACCAGAUGACUGCCUACAAGAAACAACAAGAAGAGAUCAAGCACAUCAAAGAGUUCAUCGCCAGCGCCGGUACCUACGCCAACCUGGUGCGCCAAGCCAAGUCCCGGCAGAAAAUUCUCGACAAGAUGAUCGCAGACGGUCUCAUUGAGGAAGUCAAGGAAGACAGAGAGUUCAAGUUCAGAUUUACAGACGUGGACAAGCUCCCUCCGCCCGUCUUGUCGUUUGACAAUGUCACCUUCUCGUAUUCGGGAGACGCCAAAGAUGACCUUUACCGCAACAUUGACCUAGGUUUCGACAUGGACUCCCGAACUGCCCUCGUUGGUCCCAACGGUGUCGGCAAGAGCACUCUACUGCGCCUCAUGACGGGCAAGAUCUCGCCGACGGCCGGUACUGUCCGUCGCCACACGCAUCUGAAGCUCGGCAUGUACUCCCAGCACAGCGCCGAGCAGCUAGACCUGACCAAGAGCGCCCUGGACUUCGUCCGCGACAAGUACCGAGAAAAGUCGCAGGACUACCAAUAUUGGCGACAGAACUUGGGCAGAUACGGAGUUUCUGGGUCCGUGCAGACCGCGCUGAUGGGCACGCUAUCCGAAGGCCAGAAGAGCCGCAUCGUCUUCGCCCUUCUCGCCAUCGACUCCCCCAACAUGCUGCUCCUCGACGAGCCGACGAACGGUCUGGACAUCCCCACCAUCGAUGCCUUGGCGGAUGCCAUCGACAAUUACAGCGGCGGUGUCAUCGUGGUUUCCCACGACUUCAGAUUGCUCGACAAGAUCGCUAAGCAGAUCCUCGUAUGCGAGAACAAGUCCAUCAAGCCCUGGGAGGGCUCGAUAGGAGAGUACAAGAACUAUCUGCGAAAGAAGAUGUUGGCAGCGGGAGCGGUUUAAAGACUCUCUUGGUCAGCCACACUUGCACUCUCUUGUCGUCUUCUCACCUCAGCAUUGAGCGCAUGUGCGGUUGAUCUGGCGGGGGCCGACGGCGGGGGGGGGGGGCCACCAUCCACCUAGGUCCACCGUGCCGGGAUCGGGAUUUCAUCACUACACAUGCACACCCCUCUGAUACCAACAGAAAGGAGAAAGGGAAAAAUGGAUACACGGGGG